AUGCGCGUCGGCGAUUUCUCUGCUUCCGUCUUGGUGGACGGCAGCCCUCUGGACGAGUUUGAUGUUGUUGUUGAUGAGGAGAAGCUAAGCGCGACGUGUUACGUCCCUUCAGAGGCGGGAAAGAAAUUCAGCGUCCGAUGGAAAUGCUGGGAAGAGAUCCGCACGAUGGAGAGUGGUGGAUACAUUUCUGUGGACGACAUUACCUGUAAAACAGGGAACGUCGUGCGGACCGGCAUAUUGGGAACGUCGGAUACUAAGGAGCGCUCAGGCAUCUCCUUGGACCGCGAAACGACCCAAGACUUCGUCUUCUCUAACGUAAAGCUAACAGAUGACGAAGCGUAUCUUCGUACUCACGGCCUCGAGAAAGUCGGCGAGAUAAAACUCACAAUAAAGCGGGGCAUCUCGGCGCUGAAGACUGUACCCAUGCUGUAUAACAAUGGCGUCAAGGAAUUUGAACCUGUUAAUGAGAAGCUGGGCAAAACUAUGGUGCACCGCGUCGGGUUUGGCAAACAAAGGAAGCGUUCAAUACCAAGAGAAGGAUGGCACUUCAGUGCAUCAACGGAUCCGUUCAUUUACUUCAUCUUCAGGUACCGGCCCUUAGAUGUUCUGCAAGCGCAAGGAAUAGCUCCUCGCGCGACUCCAGCAAGUGAAAGAGAAAGCUCUGUUGCAGUCGAUGCAGCCCCGGAGGACGUUCCCGAGACGAGUAACGAUGUUCCUUCACAGCAGCCCGGUUUGUCAGAUAUUAGCACACGCAUGCUCGAUGCGCGCAUCAAGGCUUUGAAGGAUGAACUUGCCCAGCUUGAGGCUUUGCGUAACCCUGCUAUUGCAGCUAAGGUCAAGGAAGAGCCGGCCGAACGUCCUGCCAAGCGGGUCAAACGCGAGCACGGACGUUCAGCGAUUCCCAUUGAGGUUAUCGAACUGGAUUGA